UCUCUGUGCAACAUUAGACAAUAUUUAUUAGCGUCGUCCAAUGAAAUUCAGUGUCUCGAGCUUGCUGAAACCUUCUUUGCGAGUAGAAUUGGGCAAAAGGUAGACGAUCAGACGGUGUACAAGCUCAAAUUCUUCAGGCUGGCUCGCAGGGCCCCGGACAGGGAUCCAUUCAAAAUCGGAAUUGCCAAUCUUGGAUGGGGCCUGGGCUCGGAGCCCGUGAAGAGACGAAUAGAGCGGCUCGGAGAAGCGGGUCGCCGAUCUUUCUCCAAUGUGCCGAUCCCUCGGGUUCGUAUCUUCUGCAAGAUUGCGAGCUAAAACUCAAUAAAGACUGGGGCAACAGAGCAACCGGUUACGGAGUUAUUAUUUCCGACGCUGAUGCUGGCAAGCAGAGCUAGUAUGCGCAUGGAUGCCGUCAUGACGAGGGGGCGAUAAGAAGGCCAGGCUUUGCUACCGGUAUACAACUACAAGCCAGCAAAAUACCUAGUCUGUCGGCCGACAUGGAAGAGAACCCGUGCAAGAUCCAGUCAGGAUCGGGAACAAACGAAUUGUCCACUCCUUUGAUACUUUUUCAUGAUGCAGGCGGCACUGUGUUCCCGUAUUUUUGCUUGGGUGAGCUGCAUCGGCCGCUUUACGGCAUUGGCAACACUCAUUUCGAUCACGGAGGCAAAUGGGACCAUGGCAUUCGUCAAAUGGGAGUUGUUUAUUCACACUUACUUCGGUCGGUCAUCGGGUCCGGGGAAGUCAUCCUGGGAGGAUGGUCUCUCGGCGGCUGUGUUGCUUUGGAAGUUGCAUCUCGACUAAUGAAACUUCCCCAGUACACGGUGCAGGGUGUCAUCAUGAUCGACAGUGUCUUUCCGAUUGCCAAGGUCACGGACAAGUAUCCCCGCACGAUCGCUGAUGUUGCUGCCAGCUUCCAGCUACCGGCCCGAAUGUCCGAUGCCCGGCGGGUACAAGCGCAGCAAUGCAUUCUGCACGCUCACGAGAUGCAGCGUGACUGGAGACCGCCACAAUUUUCGUCAGGUCCGCCUCCUGCAAUACUCAUACGCGCAGCCGAUCCGGUACAUCUUGACCCCGAAGGGGAGCCCCACUACAUCGAUCUCAUUCGGGACUGGACGUACCUGGGAUGGGAGGAGUACGAUACGAGCUUCAUCAAAGCUUGCUUGGAGAUCCCAGGCAACCAUUUUACCAUAUUUGAUGAUCAACAUGUCUGA